GCGGCUAGGCUACUUUCCCGGGAGUUUGGGGAUAUCCCUGUUCUUGUGAUCUUUGUCCUGGUCCUUGGCUUCCGGGAGGCCGGCGGGACCCGAGCAGCGGGUACCUGACUGCCCGGCGCGGGCGGCUGCCAUGGCGACGGUGCAGGCGGCUUACAGCUCGGAGGAGAGCGGGCGACGGGCGCGCCGGGAUCCCGCGGCCGAGGACGCGUCUCCGCCGGUGCUAUUGCUCAGCCACUUCUGCGCCGUUCCCUUCCUCUGUUUCGGGGAUGUCCGCGUGGGUACGUCGCGUACGCGGUCUCUGGUCCUGCACAACCCGCACGCGGAGCCUCUGCAUGUGGAGCUGUCGCUGCUGCGCGCCGCAGGCCAGGGCUUCAGCGCGUCGCCGAACCGCUGCGAGCUGCAGCCUAAAGAAAAGAUUACCAUUUCUGUUACCUGGACACCACUGAAAGAAGGGGGAGUAAGGGAGAUUGUGACAUUUCUUGUAAAUGAUUUUCUGAAGCACCAGGCUGUAUUGUUAGGAAAUGCAGAAGAGCAGAGGAAGAAAAAGAGAAGUCUUUGGAAUACCAGUAAGAAGAUUCCAGCCUCUUCAAAAUAUACCAAAAGGACCUCCAAAAACCAAAAUUUUAAUGAAUCGUUUACUAUUUCACAAAAAGUUGACAGAAUUAGGAGCCCACUGCAGCCUUGUGAAAAUCUGGCUAUGAGUGAAUGCUGCUCCCCAACAGAAAACAGUUCUUUACCCCUUGAAGAAAACAAAGUGCCCACCUCAUCCAUCAGCCCUAUUAGAGAAUGCCAGAGUGAAGCUUGCUUGUCACUGUUUUCCCCCGGACCCACUGCCUAUUCGUCUCUUCAUGAAUCCGAAAAUGCACGAAAUUCAAAAGUACAAGAUGCCAGCAUUUCAAAAAAUUUUGAUUUUAACGAGGAAGUUACAAAUGAAACUUUUAUUAAUCCCAUUAGCGUUAGUCACCACAGUGAGGGGGAUAGUAAACUUGCUCUGACCCCAAACUGUUCUUCGCCUUUGAAUAUUGCACAAACCCAAAUGCAUUUUUUAAGUCCAGAUUCUUUUGAAAACGACAGCUAUACAUCUGAUAAUGGCCUGAGAUCAAUGAAAAAUGUUUUAUCAGAUACAUUUAAGAAAGAUCCCUCAGAAUCUGUAUGUCUGGAAUCCCAAACUGUACAUGAAGUUUGCCAAACAAUCUUAAGCCCAGAGUCUUUUCUAAAUGAUAAUUAUGGACUUAAGAAAGGUCUAAACUUAGAAUCCGUCAAUCCUGUUUUAUCUCCAACCCAAUUUGUAAAGGAUAACAUGGUCCACGUAGGGCAGCAAAUGGGUGAGCUAUCACCAUUGCCAGCUAAACCGUCUCAGGACCGGAGAGUAAAUGAAGGCUUGGCGGAUAACCCCAAGGGUCAGCAUGCACAAACUCCCAGCAGUAAAUCUGAACAACAAAACCCUGGAGAAAUGAAUUUACAUAACUAUGGUUUUACAAAGCAAAAACCCAAGAUUUCUGAGCUUCAAGAUGCUUUUUGUAACCAGAGCAAACAACUGAAAAAGAGACGUCCAAUUCUCUCCGCCACUGUUACCAAAAGGAAGCCCACCAAUGCCAGAGAAAAGCUACCUGAGAUUAACAAACCAAAUGCAAAAAGGAGUCUCGAAGGUGUAGUAGGAGAAUGUGGAAAAGAAGUGGAUAAGCUAAAAGAGAAAGCCUUUCAUUCUUCUCUUCCAGUUGUAGAGGCAGUAAUAAAUAAACCUCCAAGUUAUAGAAAUGAAGUAACACCUUCAACUGUUGUAAUCGCCCGCAAAAGAAAGAGCAGUGGGACCGUGGGAGACACAAGUGGAAAGCUGGCUGUUGCAGAAUGGAUGGACGUGUGUGAAAUCAAACGGAUCCAUUUUUCUCCUCUGGAAUCUACACCAUCAACUGUGGCAAGAACCACAAAGAAAGAAGCACUCACUUCAAAUCGUAUAAGCAACUUGGAGCGAUCAGGCCUGAAGAAGAAAACAGAUUCAUCAAUAUUAAAAACACCUCUUUCUAAAACAAAGAGAAAGAGAAGAUCCAUUGUCCCUGUAGCACAGUCUCAUCUGACCUUUAUAAAGCCAUUAAAAGCAGCUAUUCCUAGACACCCAAUGCCAUUUGCUGCAAAGAAUAUGUUCUAUGAUGAACGCUGGAAGGAAAAACAGGAACAGGGCUUCACUUGGUGGCUAAAUUAUAUAUUAACACCUGAUGACUUCACUGUAAAAACCAAUGUUUCUAAAGUAAACGCGGCCACCCUUAUUUUGGGAGCGGAGGGCCAGCAUAAAGUAAGUGUCCCGAAAGCACCUACAAAAGAGGAAGUGUCUCUCAGAGCUUACACCGCCAGCUGCAGGCUGAAUAGAUUACGUCGUACAGCUUGCUCCUUGUUUACUUCUGAAAAAAUGGUUAAAGCUAUUAAAAAGAUUGAAAUUGAAAUCGAAGUUGGGCGGCUACUUGUUCGAAAAGAUCGACACCUCUGGAAAGAUAUUGGACAACGCCAAAAAGUACUGAAUUGGCUCUUGUCAUAUAAUCCUCUGUGGCUUCGAAUUGGUCUAGAGACAGUUUUUGGAGAACUGAUUCCUCUCGCAGACAACAGUGACAUCACAGGAUUGGCGAUGUUCAUUCUGAAUCGCUUACUUUGGAAUCCUGACAUAGCGGCUGAAUAUAGACACCCCACUGUCCCUCUCCUGUUUCGGGAUGGUCAUGAAGCAGCUUUGUCUAAGUUCACAUUGAAAAAGUUACUGUUGUUGAUCUGUUUCCUUGACCAUGCUAAAAUUUCCAGACUUAUUGAUCAUGAUCCGUGUCUCUUUUGUAAAGAUGCUGAAUUCAAGGCUAGUAAAGAGCUCCUUCUAGCCUUUUCACGAGACUUCCUAAGUGGUGAAGGUGACCUUUCUCGUCACCUUAGCUUAUUGGGGUUGCCUGUGAGCCACGUUCAGACACCACUUGAUGAAUUUGAUUUUGCUGUUACGAAUCUUGCAGUGGACUUGCAGUGUGGGGUUCGCCUUGUGCGAACUAUAGAGCUUCUGACCCAGAACUGGAAUCUGUCAGACAAACUCAGGAUUCCUGCAAUAAGUCGAGUUCAAAAGAUGCACAAUGUUGAUCUUGUUCUUCAGGUUCUCAAAUCACGAGGAGUUUCUCUGACGGAUGAGCACGGAAACACUAUCUUGUCUAAGGAUAUCGUGGAUAGGCACAGAGAGAAAACCCUUGGGUUGCUUUGGAAAAUAGCAUUUGCUUUCCAGGUGGAUAUUUCCCUUAAUUUAAAUCAACUAAAGGAAGAAAUUGAUUUUCUAAAGCACACACACAAUAUAAAGACAGCUAUGUCUGCACUAAUAUGCUCUUCUCCAGCGGUUACUAAGAAGCAAAAAGACAGACGGUUUAGUGGGAACUUUGAACACUAUGGUGACAGUGUGAAGCUAUUGAUGGACUGGGUAAAUGCAGUUUGCGCCUUCUAUAAUAAAAAGGUGGAGAAUUUUACAGUGUCUUUCUCAGAUGGCCGUGUGCUAUGCUAUUUGAUCCACCAUUACCACCCGGGCUAUGUUCCUUUCGAUGCUAUAUGCCAGCGCACCACUCAGUCCGUGGCCUGCACACAGACUGGUUCAGUGGUAUUGAAUUCCUCAUCCGAAUCUGAAGGCGGUUGUCUGGAUCUGUCUCUGGAAGCACUUGAUCAUGAAAGUACUCCAGAAAUGUACAAAGAGCUUCUAGAAAACGAAAAGAAAAAUUUUCAUCUGGUGAGAUCUGCAGCUAGAGAUCUUGGAGGAAUACCUGCUAUGAUUCAUCAUGCAGAUAUGUCAAAUACCAUCCCAGACGAGAAGGUGGUUAUCACCUACUUGUCAUUUCUUUGUGCACGGCUUUUGGAUCUCCGUAAAGAAAUAAGAGCUGCCCGACUUAUACAGAUAACCUGGAGAAAAUAUAAACUAAAAAGAGACCUGAAAGACCGUCAGGAAAGAGACAAAGCUGCUAGAAUUAUUCAGGCAGUCGUUCUCAAUUUUCUAACUAGAAGAAGAUUGCAAAAGAGAGUCAGUGCAGCGCUCGUCAUUCAAACAUGUUGGCGAAGAGUCUCAGCACAGAGGAAGUUGCUGAUGCUGAAGAAUGAAAAACUGGCAAAACUUCACAGUGCAUCAGCAUCACUGAUUCAGGCUCACUGGAGAAGACACUCCACCAGAAAACACUUCCUGAAGUUGAAACACUGUUCCGUCAUCCUUCAGUCCAGGUUAAGAAUGAAAAUCGCCCUUACAUCUUACAAGCGAUAUCGUUGGGCCACGGUUACCAUCCAGAGGCGUUGGCGCGCCCAUUUAAGUAGAAAACGAGAUCAGCAGAGAUUCAGAAAGCUGAAAUCUGCAUCCCUUGUAAUCCAGUCUGUGUUCAGACGGUGGAAGCGACGCAAGCUGCAGCUCCAAACCAAAGCCGCGGUGACAUUGCAGCGAGCUUUUAGAGAAUGGCGUUGCAGGAAACAGACACGAGAAAGGGCCGCUGUUGUGAUACAGUCGUGGUACAGAAUGCACAGGGAAUUGCAGAAGUACAUUUACAUUAGGUCUUGUGUUGUAGUCAUCCAGAGAAGAGUUCGGUGCUUUCACGCCCAAAAGUUAUGUAAGAGAAGGAAAGACGCUGUCCUGACUCUCCAGAAGCACUUCAGGGCCCGUCAGAUGGGGAAGUUAGCGCGCACUGACUAUUUGCAGAAGCGAGCGGCUGCCAUUCAACUGCAGGCUGCCUUCAGGGGCAUGAAGGCUCGCCGUUCAUACCGUUUGCAAAUUCAAGCUGCCUGUGUUCUUCAGUCCUAUUGGAGAAUGAGACAGGGAAGAGUUAAAUUCUUAAAUCUUAAAAAGACUGUUAUCAAAUUGCAAGCACACAUAAGAAAACACCAACAACUACAGAAAUAUCAGAAGAUAAAGAAAGCAGCUGUUACAAUUCAGACUCAUUUCCGAGCUUCCAUUUCAGCCAGGAAGAGUCUAGCAUCUUACCAGAAAACAAGGUCUUCAGUCAUUGUUCUACAGUCUGCAUAUAGAGGGAUGCAAGCCAGGAAAACAUUUCGUCGUGCUUUAACAUCUGUAGUAAAGAUUCAGUCAUGUUAUCGGGCUUAUAUCUCCAGAAAGAAGUUUCGGAGCUUGAGGAAUGCUGCAGUAAAGCUGCAGUCAAUUGUCAAAAUGAAACAGUCACGUAAGCAGUAUUUACAGGUAAGAGCCGCUGCGGUAUUUAUCCAGCGGUGGUACCGUUCCCAAAAGAGAAAAGAGUCUGUACAGGUGCGCGAAGCCUGUAUCAAACUGCAGUCGUACUUCAGAGGAUGCCUGGUCAGAAAGCAGAUGAGGCUGCAAAGCAAGGCUGCCAUUUCUCUGCAGUCUUACUUCAGGAUGUGGAGAGUGAGGCAGCGCUACCUGAAGACGCGCAAGGCGGCUCUUGUCAUUCAGACUUUCUACAGUGCCUACCGAGCACAAGUCCAUCAGAGGAAGAUCUUCCUGCAGGUCAAAGGAGCAGCUGUUUGUUUGCAAGCAGCUUACAGAGGCCGCAGAGCACGCCGGCAAAUCAAGCAGCAGUCUACAGCUGCCGUUACAAUUCAGAGGGUUUUUAGAGGCCACAGUCAGAGGAUGAAAUACCAGACUGUGCUUCAGUCUGCUGUGAAGGUUCAGAGAUGGUACAGGGCACACAAGGUUGCUUCUGACAUGAGAAUUCACUUUCUAAAGACAAGGGAGGCUGUCGUUGUUCUGCAGUCUGCCUGCCGUGGCUGGCAAGUUCGGCAGCAGCUCAGGAGGCAACAUCAGGCUGCAGUGAAGAUCCAGGCUGCUUUCAGAAUGGCCAGGGCCCAGAGGCAGUAUAAACUAGUGAGAAAUGCUGCAGUCGUCAUCCAGCAGCAUGUCAGGGCACGGGCUGCAGGAGAGAGGCAGCACUCGGAGUACAUCCGGCUCCGUCACGCCGCCCUGGUGUUUCAGGCUACGUGGAAGGGAAAGAUGCUGAGGAGAGAGAUCGCACAGCGGCACCAGUGCGCGGCCCUCAUACAGUCGUACUACAGAAUGUACAGUCAGCGUAGGAAGUGGAGCCUCAUGAAAACCGCUGCUCGUCAGAUUCAGGUGUGCUAUAGGGCCUACAGAGUUGGAAAGGAACAGCGCCAUUUGUACUUGAAAACAAAGGCAGCUGUAGUAAUUUUACAGUCAGCUUACCGUGGUAUGAAAGCGAGAAGACAGAUAACUGAAUGCCACAAAGCAGCAGUCACUAUACAGUCUAAAUUUAGGGCCUACAGAACACAGAAGAAAUAUACAACCUGUAGAACUUCUGCUAUUAUAAUUCAGAGAUGGUAUCGGAAUAUUAAAAUUACCACCCAGCAACGUGAGGCAUACCUUACCUUAAAGAGAGCAGCAACUAAAGUCCAAGCUGUGUACAGAGGCAUUCAAGUAAGGAGACACAUUCAGCACAUGUACAUGGCGGCCACACUCAUUAAAGCCUUGUUUAAGAUACAGCAGUCGAGAGCAGCGGCUGUGAUCCAGGUGAGGUACAGAGCGUAUUAUCUAGGUAAAAUUCAGCAGGAAAAGUACCUGACGACUUUAAGGGCUAUUAAGACCCUUCAAGCCGGUGUCAGAGGAGCAAGAGUUAGAAAGACUUUAAGAAAGAUGCAUUUCGCAGCAACGCUCAUUCAGUCAUACUUUAGGAGACACAGACAGCGAACAUAUUUCCACCGCUUGAGGAAGGCAGCCACAGUGGUGCAGCAGAGGUACCGAGCAGUAAAGGAAGGAAGCUCUCAGUUUCAGAGGUACAGCAGACUGAGGCGUUCUGUAAUCCUCGUCCAGGCUGCCUUUAGGGGACUGAAAGCGCGGAGACACUUAAAAGCUAUGCAUUUAGCUGCUACUGUCAUUCAGAGGAGAUUCAGGACACUACUGAUGAGAAGGAAGUUCCUCUCUCUCAGGAAAACAGUCAUUUGGAUUCAGAGACAGUACCGUGCAAGACUUCACGCCAAGUAUUGCCGACAACAAUUACUGUUGGAGAAGGCGGUUACAAAGAUCCAGUCAUCAUACAAAGGAUGGAUGGUAAGGAAAAGUGUGCAGAAGAUGCACAGGGCUGCUACUGUGAUUCAGGCCACUUUCCGAAUGCACAGAGCCUGUGUGAGGUACCAGCGUUUGAAGAGGGCCUCAGUUGUGAUCCAGAAGCAAUACCGAGCACACAGAACUGCAGAACUGCAGAGGCAGCUUUUUGUCAGGCAGAGACAAGCUGCUCUGACCCUUCAGGCUGCCUUUAGGGGCGUGAAAGCCAGAAACCAUUUGAAGACUAUGCAUGCUUCUGCAACCCUUAUUCAGAGUAAAUUUAGAGCUAGAAUAGUAAGGAGACAAUUCCUUGCUCUCAGAAAAGCUGCUAUAUUCGUGCAGAGGAAAUACAGAGCCACCCUUUAUGCCAAGCAUAAAUUGCACCAAUUCUUGCAGUUACGAAAGGCAGCCAUUACAAUACAGUCCUCUUUUCGAAGACUGAUGGUCAAAAAGCAGUUACAAGAAAGGCACAGGGCUGCGGCUCUCAUCCAGGCUACGUUUAGAAUGCACAGAACUUACGUUAGGUUUCACCUUUGGAAGCGUGCCUCAAUUAGAAUUCAACAGCAUUAUCGAACAUACAGAACUAGAAAACUGCAAAGAGAACAACUCAGCAGAGAAGAACACCGUGCUGCUGUCAGAAUACAAAGCACAUACAGGAUGCAUAGGCAGCGCUGUGUCUACCAGCAGCUUCGGUGGGCAGCAAAAGUGAUACAAAAGAAAUACAGAGCAAAUAAGAGACGGCAAGAUCUGCCCAUGGCAUGUAAGGAAGAAACACCUCUUACUCAGAUGCAUUUUCAGGGCUCAAACAUGGCCAAACAAGUUCAGCUGCAGCAUGACGCUGCUGUGAUUAUACAGAAGCAUUUUAGAGCCUUUAAAGCAAGGAGGCUGGUGGAGGCUGAAAGAGGCUCCCAGGCUGUGUGGAGAACAUCUGAAGCUCGGCAGGACUUACGCAGAGGGGAAGCUGCCUGCAGGAUUCAAGCUUGGUAUAGGCGCUGCAGAGUGCGCAGGAGAUACCUAACUUUAUUGAAAGCUGUUAAAACCAUCCAAGGUUACUUCUAUGCGAAGCAGGAGAGAACGAGGUUCUUGAAGAUGAGGGCAGCGGCUAUCAUAAUUCAAAGGAAGUGGAGAGCUGCACUCUGUGCAAGAGCAGCAUGUGAGAGUUUGACCUUAAAAAGACAUGGAGCCGCUUGUGUGAUCCAGGCCCACUUUAGAGGCUAUAAGGGGAGGCAGUCCUUCCGACAGCAGAGGUCUGCUGCUUUAACCAUACAGAGAUAUGUACGAGCCUCGGUGGCUGCGAGGCAGGAGAGGACAAAGUACGUCCAGUUUAAGAAGUCUGCAGUUGUUUUACAGGCAUUGGUGCGUGGCUGGUUAGCAAGAAAAAGAGUUUCAGAACAGAAAGCCAACAUUCGACGUUUCCGCUUUAUAGCAGCUGCAUACUGUCACAUGUGUGCUCUUAGAAUCCAGCGAGCUUAUAGACGCCACGUGGCUAUGAGGAAUGCUAAGAAGCAUGUUAAUUCAGUCAUCGUUAUUCAGAGAUGGUUUCGAAGAAGAUUACAGCAGCAGAGGUUCAUUGAGCAAUAUCGUAAGAUCAUGGCAGCUGAGCGUGACGUUCAAGCUCGUCGGCACCAGCAGGACAGGGCUGCAUCAGUGAUUCAGAAGGCAGUGCGCCGCUUUCUCCUGAGCAGAAGACAGCAAAAGGUCAACAGCAGCGCCACUAGAAUUCAGGCAUUAUGGAGAGGCUAUGCUUCAAGGAAGAAAAAUGAUCGCACAGAAAUUAAAGCUAUUCGACAAAGCCUUCGCGCUGUCAGCAGGAACGUGGAGGAGGAAAACAAGCUGUACAGAAGAACUGAGCGUGCCCUUCAUCACCUGCUCACGUACAAGCACUUGUCGGCCAUUCUGGAAGCCAUGAAGCACCUGGAGGUUGUUACCAGGUUAUCUCCCCUUUGCUGUGAGAACAUGGCUGAAAGCGGAGCAGUGUCUACCGUCUUCGUGGUGAUCCGCAGCUGUAAUCGCAGUGUUCCUUGCAUGGAAGUUGUUGGAUGUGCUGUCCAAGUCCUGCUGAAUGUGGCAAAGUAUGAUAAGACGAUCUCAGCUGUUUACGAUGCUGAAAACUGUGUGGACACACUGCUGGAGCUGCUGCAGGCGUACCGGGAGAAGCCUGGUGACCGAGUUGCCGAGAAGAGUGCCAGCAUUUUCACAAGGACGUGCUGUUUAUUAGCUGUGCUGUUGAAGACAGAGCAGUGUGCUUUUGAUGCACAAAGUAGAUCAAAAGUCAUUGAUCGUAUUUAUCGUCUCUACAAAUUUACAGUUCCUAAGCAUAAAGUGAAUACACAGGGAUUAUUUGAUAAGCAGAAGCAGAAUUCCUGUAUAGGCUUUCCUUUUAUACCAGAAAGAUCUAUAAAGACCAGGAUAGUUUCAAGACUUAAGCCACAGUGGGUUUUGAGGCGUGAUAAUAUGGAAGAAAUCACAAAUUCCCUGCAAGCUAUUCAACUGGUGAUGGAUACCCUUGGAAUUCCUUAUUGCUAAAAGGAAACAUUUUCAGUGUGGGACCAAAAAAAAAACUUAUGCAAUCAUGGAUACCUGGAGCAGUUUUUACUGUCAGUGUAAACUGUUUAGAUAUGACUUUGUGUAAAAAUAAAUAUGUAUAUAUUACAAGUUACUAAGUUGUUUAAUGAAUUCAUUUUUACUGUUUUUAAUUUUUGAGAUUAUAAUUUAAAUACA